AUGCUCGCGAAGGAGGAGGAGCGACUUCUCGCGAUCGAAAAAAACGACGAGGCGGCGGCGGAUCAGAUCCGAGGGGUGUUGAUUGCCACCGCGGAGGAAACCGCGCGACGGGCGAAGGAGCUGCGGUUGGAGCGCAAACUUUUCGCGCGAAGCGUCCUUUCCGGGGGGGAAUUCGAUGAAAAAGGCGACCCAAACGGCCCGCGGGCCUCCGCGGAGGAGCUGCUUCGUUAUUUGGAGCACCGCACGAGCGCGCAUGAGAGUUAUUUGGAUAAACUGCGAAUGCAAUGCGCGGCGACCGAGCAGGAGAUCGCGCGUGCGCAACGUCGACUUCGUCAGCAUCAAGUCGCCGGGGAAACCUUCCGUCCGGUGGACUUUGAGCAGCUCGGGAUCGAAAACGAGCAGUUCAACGAGCGUGCGGAGCAAAAAAGCGCGGAGCUGGUGGAGUUAAAAGGCGCCUCCACGCGCACCGUGCAGGCCCUCAACGCCACCACCGACGCCCUCAACGACCUCGUCGCCGAGCAAAAUCAGCUAAAAAAAGAAUACAAAAGCCGCUGUGAGUACCUCGCGCGCUGCACGAAGGAGAUGAGCUCCGUCGCGAAGGAAGUCGUCGUGGCGGAGAAGAAAAACGAGGCGAUUCGCGCGAAACACGAAUCCGUGCGGGCGCCCACGAUUGAGGAGUACAUCGCCCAACGCGCGGAGCUCUUCGAGCUCGAAAAGGCGGAAAAGAAUUGGCGGCGAAAGGUGGAGAUCGCGCAAGGGCAGGUCUGCGCGCUCCGCCAGAAGGCUGCGAAGCUCACGGUGAACCGAAACGCCGCCCUCGCGUACGCCGUUAAGCGGCAAAAUCAGCGCGCGACGAACCUCAAGGCAGAUACGCGAAAUCUCCGAAAGGCUUCGUUGAAAUACACCCCCCUCCCGCCCCCAACGCAAUCGCACCCGGGGAUGGUCAAAGUGGCCGACGGCGAUCCAUUCCGAGCCCCUCCGCAUGGGGAAUCGCUCGUGGCGAAUUCAAAGUCCCUCAUUCACGCGAAAAGACAAAUGAAGGGAAAUUAG